GGAGGGAGGCAUUCACAGCACAAUAACAGAAGGACAGAGAAAUGUAGUCACAGAAAAAGCAGUGGGGGAAACACUGUAGACACCAAGGUAAACUGGAGGAAAGUCUUUGUACCGUUUCUAUAGGAAUCAUUUCCUUGUGAGUCUUCGCAGCAGGUCAGACUGAUUGAAGGACCAUGGCACUGCCUGCUGCCUUUCUGUGUGAGGACCAGUUCACCUGCUCCAUCUGUCUGGAGGUCUUUACCAAUCCAGUGUCCACACCUUGUGGGCACAGCUUCUGCCAGUCAUGCAUCUCCUCCUACUGGGACACACAGGGGAGUGUGAAGGCUUACCAGUGUCCUCUCUGUAAGGAGUCCUUCCGCAAGCGACCCGAGCUCCAUGUCAACCUGACCCUGAAGGAGAUCACAGAACAGUUCAAGCAGAUGGCCACUGGACGACUACCGGUACAUGGAAGUGGUGGACUGAAGAAUCCCAACGUACAUCUUCAUUACCCUCAUGCACAGCCUCAAAGAUCGGGGGAAAUGCCAGAGAGCAUCUUUGCUGAGAUGAUAACUCGGUUCCAUCUCCUGCAGACUACCGGGUCAACACAGGCCACACUUGCUCAUCCCAGUGACCUUCACUUGCAUCAACCCAGUCAGUUCAGUAACCAGGGGGCCUCGCUCCCCCUUCUCCCCUACUCAUCUCCCCGCAGGUUCACUCUGAGUGGUCCGAGUGAAACCUCCCCCAAACUGCCUUCGUGUCCCUUUCACAUCAGCGGUCUGGAGCUCUUCUGCCGGACUGACAACACCUGCGUAUGCAGUGUGUGCGUUGAGACGCCAGAGCAUGAAGGACACGACAUCGUCCCUGCCAAACGGGAGUGGCUCAUCAAGAAGUCUCAGUUGUGCACUGACGAUAUGAAGCUGAAAGAGUUAAUUGGUGAGAGAGAGAGGAAGGCAGAUGAAUUACAGACGUCCUUAGGACAGAUCCAGGCUACUGUUAAAGGAGAGACAGAAGCAGUAGUUUGUGCCUUUUCCAAAAUGAUCUCGGCUGCAGAACAGUGUAAAAUUGAACUUUUGGAGGUGAUAGAGAGGACCUGUCGCACAGCUGAGCAACGAGCCCAGACUCUGCUCAGAGAGCUGGAGGAGGAGAUCGCUGGGCUGCAGAAAAAAAGCGGGGCAUUAAGCCAGCUGGCCGUGUCCGAGGACUACAUCCUGUUUCUGAAGGCAUAUCCUCUAGUGUCUGCCCCUCCACAAACCAAGAAUUGGUCCGAUGUCUCAGUCUCUGCAGAGCUAACUGGGAUUCUCGGGACUGUCAAUCAAAUAAUGCAGCGAUUUCAGGAAGAGAUGCGAACUCUGCCAGAGCUGUGUCAGCGAUCUUUGGACCAAUCUGUACCCAGGUCCAAUCCAAGAGUUAGGAGGGUUCAGGAAUAUGCAGAGGACAUCACAUUAGACCCUAACACGGCCCACCCACGUCUGGUGAUCUCAGCCAAUGAGAAAGAGGUACACUGUGGCGACCGACAUCAACUGGUCCCCAACAACCCUGAACGCUUUGACCGAGUGGUGUGCACGCUGGCUCGCCAGGGCUUCAGCUCAGGACGGCACUACUGGGAGGUGGAGGUUGGUGGAAAGACAGACUGGGACCUGGGGGUGGCAAGCUGGUCUGUUACACGUAAGGGCAAAAUCCCUGUAAGCCCGGCCCACGGCUACUGGUUCCUCAGCCUGAGAGACCAGAGCGACUAUGCUUUCCGAACAGAGCCCUCAACUAAACUGACGGUCAGGCCCAGACCUUCACGCAUUGGGAUCUUCGUAGACUGUGACAAGGGGCUGGUGUCCUUCUACAAUGUUGAGGCCAGAGCGCUCAUCUACACGUUCACUGACAGCUUUCCUGAUACCAUCCAUCCAUUCUUCAGCCCCUGUACUAAUAAAUCAGGAAGAAACGAGGCCCCACUAAUCAUCUGCCCUGUUACGACAAAGUGAAACGAGCCACUACAUUGACAGACCGAACCAGUUACAUUUUCUAGAGGAAAGCUAAUGGAGGCGGGGAAGGUCACGGUCAGAAUGCUUUUAGACUGAAGACCUUGCUCUGUGUUUCUGUCUCAAAUCCCUGCAUUUGGUGUAGAUAAUUGCUGGUACAUGCUCUGGGUGUCAAUCCCACCAACCAGAUGGUCUCUGCAGGACAUAAUAUGCACUAAGUCUGACACUGGGACUGAGCUGAUUCAAAGAUGCUGUUUUCAAAAUUUAUUUUACACAUAAAUGAACACUGGCUUGUAGGAUACUGCUGCAUGUUAUACAUAAUAUUCUGCUCAACAAUCCCGGUUGUACAUGAUCUUUAAAGUUGGUGUUCUUUUAAAAUGAGAUUGUAGUAUAUUUAUGUAUUAUAUUAUAUAGUAUAUAUUGUUAUACAGGCAGUCAACAAUAUGUUCUGGUCAUUUUAAGGUGCAGUGACUGUACUAUAACCCUUGUGUUUUGGCAGAGUCGUUGUCUAAGGAAUGUCUGGGAUAGACUCCACGAAACAGACAUUUACUUUUGAGUAAACACUUAUGGUUGGUCAGUGGUAUCAGGCCAGAAGUUAGAACGAAACCAGAUGUCUAGCUGACGUAGGAUCAGGGUCUAUAAGCUCGUGCCUCAGCCUUAGAGGGGCAGAGCCCCACAGACCGAUGGAUGACUUGCUGUCUGGGACGAUGGGGUUCUCACUCCUGCAGGAGACCAGGCGACCUCUCACCGCUGCUCUGUCCUUUCUUCAUUGCUGAUAAUAUUAUGUCACCACUUGUAAUAAAUUUGAGAUGUAUCUGUUUAAACGUUAAUGUAGUGGUGGUUUGGGUUUGUCCAUUUCAAUCUGGCAGUUGUAAAUUUACUACAAGAUCUAGGUCACAUGGUUUUUACUAUAAUGCAGGUUUGUCAUUUUAAAAAUCUUUAAAUGUUGUCAUAUAACAGCAUCAUCAUUUAGUACAACCAAAGAAAAAUAAAUAGAAGGUAUUAAGUGGCAGUUACAUACACUACUGUACCAUUUGAACUGUGGAAAUUAUUUUACUUCUAGUUUCAUUUAAUUUCAAAUGCAUGGGGAAAAAAACACCAUUGAUAGAGAGAGAAAAACAGGUGGCAGAAAUCAGAGCCUGCACCACUGAAGACCCCUGCAGGUAAAAUUAGAAUGUUUCAUCUGUUUCCCUCAAUUAACAACUUUGCAAAAGACAGCUGAAGUGAAUGAAAAUAUAUAAUAAUGCUAUUGGGCGUUUUAUUGUGAAAGUCCGGCCACUGGCCCCGCCCCCGGUUUCCCUUUUUUUCUGAAAUAAUGUUUCCAAUAACGACGCUAUGGCGGCUGAUUUUGUAAAAGCCUAUCAGAAGUGCAUAAAAUCUUGUUCAUCCUCUCCCGACUGCAUGCGGGCUUGCUCUUUAAAAUGUUUUGCUUUGUUAUAACGUUAGUCUAUAGUUCUAUAGUUCUGUCUUCUUCUUUUACACGUUAUUCUUAUUAGUAGAGCAGUGUUUUGAUUUAUUCAUAUUGUAUUUUUUUCAGCCUAUACAUACAUAUACAGAGAAAAAAAAUAAAUUUCAAUAAAAUCAUUUAUUUAAAAUUCAA